GAAAACUUUACUUUGUACUCGAAGAUAAUUUACUUCAAGCAAGAGGAUUUUAGGUGAUGCUGACAUUUCAGAGAUCUGGGAAAAUAGGGUAAUAAUAUGACACCAGCUCUUAAGCAGCAACAUCUGCUGUGGUUCAAAGCCACACAAAGAAAGCUGCUUAAGCAGUUAAAUGUUUUGGACUGCACAGACAAGUGUGGUUCAACUGCAAAGACUGCAGAGUAGAGGAAGCUUAUAUUUAGAGAAGUUGUUAAAAAAUGGAGUCGUGGAAGAUAAACAUCUUUAAGAAACAAACAUCUUCUCAUCCUCCAAGUUUUGGAAGAUCUUUGUCAGAACCUGCUUAUGCAAAUUCAAAGAUAGAAACAAAUUUAAAUACUUAUCCAUGGUGUGGUGCAGUGAAAAGCAAGAAGAAAAAAAGUGAAUAUGCUGUUUCCAAUCUAGAAAAGCCACUGGGUGCUUACAGAUGGCAAAAAUACCCUGGCUUUAGGAAGAAAAGGAGCAAAGAAGAGAGAUUGCAAAAUAAUAAAGGAGACCUAGAUGAACUACAGCAAAAGUUUCUGCCAGAGAUGGACAGUAAUAGUGCUUCUACUAAUGAGGUCCCUGGAAUAUCAUCAGAGAAGCUGAACUUGUUCAACUCCCCUUCACUUCGAGCCCCAUUCAACAGAUCUAUUUCAGAACCAGAACCUUGUAGCAGUAAUAGGUUUAUUAGAUCAUUGGCAUCUUCAGUGGGAACAGUGGAAUCUGAACAACAGAGAUAUUUCAUCCGUGGGAUUUUCUCUACUCUUUCCAAUGGCUUCUUCAGAAUGCUCAGUCUAAAAGGAGAAUCAACCAAUGAGCCAGUAGAAGAAGAUGUGAAGGGACCACCCACUCAUCGCUUGUCUUGUGGUCAGUCACCCUACACUGAGACAACAACGUGGGAGCGGAAGUACUGCAUUCUCACAGACAGCCAGUUGGUGUUGCUCAAUAAGGAGAAAGAGAUACCUGGGGAAGGACAGGAACAACAGACAGAUUCCACCAAAGGGCGAUGCCUAAGGAGAACUGUCAGCGUCCCUUCCGAGGGUCAGUUUCCUGAGUACCCACCAGAGGGCACCGCUAAACUGGAGGUGCCAGCAGAAAGGUCCCCCCGCAGACGGAGCAUCUCAGGGACCAGUACAUCAGAGAAGCCCAACUCCAUGGACACAGUAAAUACCUCACCAUUCAAAGUACCAGGAUUCUUCAGCAAGCGCCUGAAAGGCUCUAUCAAGAGGACCAAAAGCCAGUCUAAGCUUGACCGAAACACGAGCUUUCGGCUUCCAUCCCUUCGCAAUACAGACGACAGGUCUCGUGGGCUGCCCAAACUAAAAGAGUCACGUUCCCAUGAAUCCUUGCUGAGCCCAUGCAGUGCAGUGGAAUGUCUGGAUCUUGGUAGAGGGGAGCCUGUGGCAGUGAAACCGCUUCAUAGUAGCAUCCUUGGACAAGACUUCUGCUUUGAGGUCACCUAUUUAAGUGGAAGUAAAUGCUUCAGCUGUAACUCUGCCUCAGAGAGAGAUAAGUGGAUGGAAAACCUUCGCAGAACAGUUCAACCAAAUAAGGACAAUUGCAGACGAGCCGAAAAUGUUCUCCGUUUAUGGAUCAUUGAAGCCAAGGAUCUUGCCCCUAAAAAGAAAUAUUUCUGUGAACUGUGCCUUGAUGAUACCCUCUUUGCUCGUACAACCAGCAAGACCAAAGCUGACAAUAUAUUCUGGGGUGAACAUUUUGAAUUCUACAGCCUUCCACAUCUCCAUAGCAUCACAGUUCACAUUUAUAAGGAUGUGGAGAAAAAGAAAAAAAAGGACAAGAAUAAUUAUGUAGGGCUAGUCAACAUUCCCACUGCCAGUGUGACUGGUCGCCAAUUUGUAGAAAAGUGGUAUCCAGUAAGUACUCCUACACCCAAUAAAGGAAAGACAGGAGGACCUUCUAUUCGAAUUAAGUCACGUUUCCAAACUAUCACCAUUCUGCCUAUGGAGCAAUAUAAAGAAUUUGCAGAAUUUGUCACCAGCAACUAUACCAUGCUAUGUUCUGUUCUUGAGCCAGUAAUUAGUGUGAGGAAUAAAGAGGAGCUGGCAUGUGCCUUAGUGCACAUUCUUCAGAGUACUGGCAGAGCCAAGGAUUUUCUGACCGACUUGGUGAUGUCUGAGGUGGAUCGUUGUGGAGAGCAUGAUGUCUUAAUCUUCAGAGAGAAUACGAUUGCCACCAAAUCCAUUGAGGAGUACCUCAAGUUAGUAGGACAACAAUAUCUUCAUGAUGCAUUAGGGGAGUUCAUCAAAGCUUUGUAUGAAUCAGAUGAGAACUGUGAAGUGGAUCCCAGUAAAUGUUCAUCUAGUGAACUGCUAGACCAUCAGAGCAACCUAAAGAUGUGUUGUGAGCUGGCUUUCUGCAAGAUCAUCAAUUCUUACUGUGUCUUUCCUCGUGAAUUGAAAGAAGUAUUUGCAUCAUGGAAGCAGCAGUGCUUGAACCGAGGCAAGCAAGACAUCAGUGAACGGCUCAUUAGUGCCUCAUUGUUUCUCCGUUUCCUUUGCCCUGCCAUUAUGUCUCCCAGUCUUUUCAACCUUAUGCAGGAAUAUCCUGAUGACCGCACAUCUCGGACUCUAACUCUUAUUGCCAAGGUCAUUCAGAACCUAGCCAACUUUGCCAAGUUUGGUAACAAAGAGGAAUACAUGGCAUUCAUGAAUGAUUUUUUAGAACAUGAAUGGAGUGGAAUGAAGCGCUUCCUUUUGGAGAUCUCUAAUCCAGACACCAUCUCAAACACUCCAGGCUUUGACGGUUAUAUUGAUCUUGGCCGAGAGCUUUCAGUUUUGCAUUCCUUACUGUGGGAAGUAGUUUCCCAACUGGAUAAGGCAACCGUGGCAAAAUUGGGGCCUCUUCCUCGUGUACUUGCUGAUAUUACCAAAUCCCUGACCAAUCCCACACCAAUACAGCAGCAACUGAGACGCUUCACUGAGCAUAACUCCAGUCCAAAUGUUAGUGGAAGCCUCUCUUCUGGAUUGCAGAAAAUCUUUGAAGACCCCACAGAUAGUGAUUUGCAUAAACUAAAAUCUCCAAGCCAGGACAAUACAGAUAGCUAUUUCCGAGGAAAAACAUUAUUACUAGUUCAACAAGCAUCCUCCCAAAGCAUGACUUAUUCGGAAAAGGAUGAAAAAGAAAAUAGUCUUCCUAAUGGUCGAAGCAUCUCCCUCAUGGACCUCCAGGACACUCAUGCCGCUCAGGUGGAGCAUGCAUCUGUUAUGCUUGAUGUGCCUAUGCGCCUGACAGGAAGCCAGCUUUCCAUUACUCAGGUGGCCAGCAUCAAACAACUGCGGGAAACCCAGAGCACACCUCAGAGUGCACCCCAAGUGAGAAGACCCCUACAUCCAGCCUUGAGCCAGCCAGGAAGUCUCCAGCCCUUGUCAUUCCAGAACCCUGUCUAUCACCUCAGUAACCCAAUUCCAACAAUGCCAAAGGCCUCUGUAGAUUCUAGUUUGGAGAAUCUAAGCACUGCCAGUUCUAGAAGCCAAAGUAACAGUGAAGACUUCAAACUCAGUGGACCCAGCAAUAGCAGCAUGGAAGAUUUCACCAAACGUAGCACUCAGAGUGAAGACUUCUCCAGGCGGCACACUGUACCGGAUAGACACAUACCUCUUGCUCUGCCACGACAAAAUAGUACUGGGCAACCCCAAAUCCGAAAAAUGGACCAGGCUGGGUUAGGUGCUCGAGCCAAAGCCCCUCCAUCCCUGCCACACAGUGCUUCCUUACGUAGCACCGGGAGCAUGUCAGUGGCUUCUGCAGCCCUGGCUACUGAGCCUGUGCAGAAUGGGAGUCGGUCUCGGCAACAGUCCUCUUCCUCCAGAGAGAGCCCUGUUCCCAAAGUGAGAGCAAUCCAGAGACAACAGACACAGCAGGUUCAGUCACCUGUGGACUCUGCCACAAUGUCCCCAGUAGAAAGGACGGCAGCCUGGGUUCUGAACAACGGACAAUAUGAAGAGGAUGUGGAAGAAUCUGAGCAAAAUCCAGAUGAAGCUAAGCAUGCUGAGAAGUAUGAACAAGAAAUUAGUAAACUGAAGGAACGCCUGAGGGUAUCCAGUCGACGGCUGGAGGAAUAUGAGCGCCGGUUGCUUGUACAAGAACAGCAGAUGCAGAAGCUGCUACUGGAAUACAAGGCCAGGCUAGAGGACAGUGAAGAGAGGCUGCGCAGGCAACAGGAAGAGAAGGACAGCCAGAUGAAAAGCAUCAUCAGCAGGCUAAUGGCUGUGGAAGAGGAAUUGAAGAAGGAUCAUGCAGAAAUGCAAGCAGUUAUUGAUGCAAAACAGAAAAUCAUUGAUGCACAGGAAAAGCGGAUCGUGUCCCUGGAUUCCGCCAACACGAGACUGAUGAGUGCGCUGACCCAAGUGAAGGAGCGGUACAGCAUGCAGGUCCGCAAUGGUAUCUCCCCCACCAACCCCACCAAGCUUUCCAUCACGGAGAAUGGUGAAUUCAAAAACAGCAGCUGCUGACAGGCUUGAAUACAGACUGUGGAAGGAGACAGAAGGAAACUGACCCACGCUCCUAGUCCCAUCCCUUCACCCAGUCCCUCCAGGUUUACAGAAUGUUGCUACUUCAAAAUGGCAAUGUAGUGAGAAACUCUUAAAUGAAGAAAGGAACCUGUCUUUCAGGGCAUAAAGCGAAGACUUCCAAGGUCAAUGCUUUCCCCCGCGUCUCUAUGUACAUAGGGAACUUAGUUCUGGGCCAUGUACAGAAAAUACCACUGUAAUAUACCAAAAGGAAGUUAAUAAUGUAGAUUACCUUUUUAAUUAUUACUAUUUUUAUUAUUGUUUUCCUCUUGUUGAAAGCACUGCAGUUGUUAGUGGAGGAAAUGUAGGAACUCUGUGUGAGUGAGAGGUGAACCUAUUGGUUCAGUAGGUAGAGACCAAGUAUCUAUGUGAUAGAAGAAGCACAUAGAGUGCAAUAGGACAUGAGUUGUUUCAGGGAUUCAUCCACCAGUUUAAAAGCCCUCUCUAGUCCCCUUGUCCUUUAGGAAACCAUGCAAACCGAGAUCCACUUAACAACAAUAAUUUAUCCACUGAUCAGUCUACACUGAUUCUGAUCAGACAGCUAAUCUGACUUGGAGAUUUACUGUUUUAUAGGACACAGAUAAAACUGGACUUUGGGAGUGAUCUCUCCUGUCAAUAUGUUUAUUUCCUCUGUCUACAGCAGAUGGGAAUUUUCUGUUUUAGAUAUGAGCUUUUUUAUUUUUACUCCUAUUGUAAUAAAGGGUAUUCUUUUUCCUCUUUCAAGUUGAUACAGUAUAAACAUUUAUGUGUCUACAAACCAUCUUCAUCUUCGUGUGUCCACUGCCCUUUCCUCCCCCUGGUGGGAGUCUUCUGCACCAACAGGGUUUCUUCUCCCCUGGAGAAGUUAUUCAGAUACGCUGUUCAUAAGCCAUCUGAAAUCAACACCCUUUCUUCCACACAGAAAAGGGCUAACCACAACAUAGCAGGAAUCUCUGAAUAUUUCCUACUAAAUUUUUUGAAAGUAUGAUAUUGUUUGGGAUAAAAAUUAUAUCCGUUUUUACUAGCAAAUGUAUGGGCAGGGUAAUUUUGUCACUGUCUUUAACUUUUGAAUUUCUUCUUCUUCCUCUUUCUCUUUAGUAAGAGUUGGAAAGAAAAUCCAAAACUGAAGCAUCAGGCUGUCACAUUCCAAUUGCUAUUCUCACACUCUUAGGUUUGGCCAUAUUGACCUAGUUUAAACAUUUGUUAUCCAUGGCUUUUAAGGAACAAACAAGUCAUGAGAAAGGCAGUCCCUUUUCUUUCCAGAGAUGUAAAAUGUCAUCUGGCAUGCAACCUUGUGUAUGGAAAGUUACCUGUUAAACACACAUAUGUACAAAUAUAUACAUACAUUUACACAUAUGUACAUAUUAUUGCACAAAUAAGAAAUGUUCGUGCUUUCUAUGUUGCCUGGUAUACAGACACACUGUUAAAAGGGUCUUGAAUCUCUUUUAGCAAGAUCUGAGCAGUUUUAUAAUGAGAAAGCAACAGUGUUUCUCAAAUUAAGUCAAUAUUUAUUUUAAAUUACAGUUUUUUAUAAAGGAAAAGAAGGGGAGGGGGGAAGACCUGAAGGAGCCAUAUAUAUGGAGUGAGUAUUUCUACAUAACCAAAUAUUUAUAAGGAAACAGGAGAACAUGAAUAGUACCUUCUUUUGUGUAAAGCCCAGGUAGAUACCUCUUUACCAAGGCAGACACCUCUACCAGCCUUCCUCUUUACCAAGUCCCAGGCUUAUAUUCCAACUCUUUAAGCUCUGCUCUCUCUCAGGGGGUCUUUGUGUUUGUUACAUUUCACCAACCUCCCCAUAACAUCCCCCACAACAUUUUAAAAUGGUUUUUAAAGACCAAUUUGUGCUAGAUAGAGUUCUAAAGUAAGAGCUUUUGUUAGAACUAAAGGCUUCAUGCCUAGGCAUUUCAGCAUUUGAGUAUUUUCUUGACCCUUAACAGUUAUCUUAUAAUUUCUUACCUCAUCCUUAUAUGGUCAGAAUCACUUAAUAGAAAAAAAAAAGAUCACUAAUUCUGAAGUAAUAGGUUGUAUUGAGGGAGUAUAUGAAUAGAUGUGUUCUUGUUGGUGGCUUGCUUUCAGCUCUAGCAGUGUUUAAUUCACUCUUCAAAAAUUCUUCAGUUGACCAGGCACCAGUGGCUCACACAUAUAAUCCUAGCUACCCAGGAGGCUGAGAUCUGAGAUUGAGGUUC